AUGCCUUCUGCUGAGACAUCCAACAAGGCUUUCAUUGAUGCUGCCGCUCAGGUCAUUCAAAUACUGGCAGGUGCGGUGACGUUGCAGGACAGUAACCCCGAACACCUUCGGUUGGCUAUGCAGGUGGGGGAUAUCUUGUCCCAUGUUUUUGAAACCCAUGGCAUUUCGGCCACUGUGGUCCCCCCGGUCCUGCUCUCAGCAGCCAUGGAGAUGCUAGAACACCUGGACCGCACUCGGCAACAUUUUGUUAGUGUGCCGAUGUGGAAGAACAUCACCGCCGAUGAUCCCUGGGUCCAGCAGCAUCCAUUGAAAGACAAGGCCCGCACCCUCUUUGUAUCCAGGCCGGUGCCAUCAACAUCCACCGCCGGGGUCACAAAGUCGACACCAGCACCAGGCCCAUCAAGGCCAAAGCCCAAGCCGGCGUUGAAGAAGAAGCUGGCGAAGGGUAAAGUAGACAAGGGUAAGGGUAAGGAAGUGGUGCCGCCGCCAGAAGAUGUGGAAGACGUUCAGGGACGAGGCCAUACUCUGGCCAUUGAGAAGAGGAGAAGGGACUCCAGUUCCAGUCGACCACCAGCACUGCCUGGUGACUGUGAAUCAUCAUCUGAGAAUUCCGCCCCACUGCUGGCAACAACCUCGAAGAAGCAAAAGGUCGCGAAGGUGCCAUUGCCAUCACCGGCCGUUGGGCUACAGGAAGAUUCCGGCACUACCAUGGAUGCUCCGGAGUUGGUGCCACGAUGUGACCAAUGCAUCAAAUUAUCCUUUAUUUGUCGUCAGGGAUAUGGUGCCACCAGUGCCGGACUCAAAGCCUGUGCCCGGUGCUCAAGGCUGAAGCUUAAGUGUUCCCGCUCCAAGAUUGAGACCGUCCCAGUGCUGAAGGGUAAGCCUAGCCGGCCACAUUCGAGUUCACACCGCCAUCCCCCUACAGAAGAUAUCCUUAUGGAAGUCGCUCCUCAGAUCCUGCCAAGUCAUCCUCGCCCCCCAAGGGAGUCAGUUGUUCCCUCCCUCCAGCAUUCAAUGGAAGUGGAUUCUGAGGGAGAUGCCAUGGUCAAUGACUUGAGGGCAAUGACAUUGGUGAUGAAUGACAACGCCGCGCCGCUUUCAAAGUGGCUGAGCCUCCAGCACGCUGCCGAUGGUGCCCGGGCUGAACUUGUCAAACUGCAAGCUCAGCAGACCACCACUGCCGACCCAUUGAAUGCAUUGAAUGACCGGCUCGCCGCUCAAGAUGCUGACAUCUGUGCACUGCAAGAUGUACGCGCCAACAUGAAUGCAUUGAACGACUGGCUCGCUGCUCAAGAUGCUGACAUCCGUGCACUGCAAGAUGUACGCGCCAACAUGGAGGCAGUUCAAAAUCAAAUGAAGGUCAUGCAACAGGAGUCGGUGACCCGCGAUGAGACAGUCCGGCAGGCUCAGGUGCAAUUGGCCCAGCAAGAACAAGCCACCGCCGUCCUUCAGGAUGCCUACAACGCUCUUCGCCAUUGUGUACUUGGUCAAAACCAGUCACUAUCUCCCCCCUUUCCCGGCCCAAUCUAUCAUGCCAACCAACAGUACAGUGGCAAUCAUAGUAUGAUGCCGGUCAGCAUGGGCCAAAUGCAAGCAAUGGAGGGCUUAUACUUCAACUUGCCUGCAGGUGCUUCCGCCAUGGGAGGCCCAUCAGUAGGCAAUGUUGCCGGUGGUUCUGGCUGGAAUGGAGCUGGCAGUCUCUCUGCCAGUCAAUCUCACAAUCAGAUCACCGGCAGUUCUCGCGCAGGUGCACAUGCCUUUGGCGAGUCAGCAUUGGGCAGGGGCCCCCAGAACUAG